AUGUGGGUACGAGAAUGUCGCCAAGGAGGUUCAGAUAACUAUUAUAUCGAAAGUGGUGGAAUGUACAUCGAUUGCAAAGCAGAUCCAAAUGAACUUGAUACUGGUGCAAAUGUUGAUAUCAGUGAAUUAAAUAGUUUACGAUCAACAUAUGAUUAUGUUAUUAAUGAAUCAUAUAAUGUUCAGUCUCAAUCAAAUUGUUUUGGUCAUUCAUAUGAUUAUUUCAAUAAAUUAAAUGUUGAUGUCAGUUAA